CUAAUUUUUUAUGCAUUUUUCUAAACUGUCAUGGCGAUUUUGUGUCCUUGGAAAUAAAAGAAGAAGAAGCGCCAGUGGGGGGGGUUUUCUCUUGGUUUUCCGGGCGGAGGAGAUGGAGACGUCUCGCCGGUGAGAGCGAGCGAGUGUCCGGAGCAGAUGCAGUGAAGGGAUAGAAGAUGAAAAUACACAAAAAGGACAAGCAGCAGAUGUUCACUGGUGUCCUGAAGCACACGCCACCUCCGGCCUCCGCUGCAGCAGCCUCCUCCUCUGCCUCGGACCAAAACAGCAACGCACAAACCACAGUUCCUACAAUCCCACGGGGACACCUGGUCUUGGGCCCCAGGGAUCAGCUCCGCCUCAUCUCCCCCGUGGGCAGCACGGCCACGUCCAAUCACUGCACGGCCGCCGGGGCCCACGCCACUAGACACUCCGGAGGAGCCCCGCGGCCGCCGUCCUCCAUGAGCGAGGAGGACGAUGGAGGAGGCGGAGGCAGGGUGAAGAAGAAACGAAAGAAAAAGGACAAGAGACAAUGGGAGCGAGGGGACGUUGAGGAAAGGGAGAGCAGCAAACCAAAGAAACGAAAAGAUGAGAAGCAGGCGAUGGUGGUCACGCUGAGGAAGAGCAAGGAGCCCAAGGAAGGCAAAGAGCGGAGGGAGCGCCGGAGCAAGGGGAAGGAGGGCAGGAAGGAGAGCGGCGCAGACCUGAAGAAUGUUCCGGCAGGAAAAAUGGCCGCUGUGGCUGCCGGAGCAGUUCAAGUGCCGGUUAAGGUGCCUGGAAGGAGGGGGAGGAAACCGAAAGUCAAGAUCCUUCCUCCGGUUCCGACGAAUCAAGCACCUCCUGCUUCCAGGCAUCACGCUAAGGUGCAAAUCCACGGCACCCACACCAAGAACCACGGCCAGGCCAACAGCAAGACCCCAGUCCCCUCGGCACCAAAACAGAGGGGCCGCAAACCCAGAGAUCCUGGCGCAGCGCCCGUGGAGAAGAAGAAGAAGGGGAAGAGGAGAAACCAGGAAGUGGCUGUCCACGAGGGGGCGGAGAGUGACGACACUACCUCAAUGUCAGCCCUCAACAUGGGCGGAGAGGACAGCCAAGACCCCCUGGAUAUUGCGAAGCGGCGUUCAGGGCGACAAGUCAAGAGGAGGAAGUAUAACGAGGAUUUGGACUUCAAGGUGGUGGAUGAUGACGGAGAGACGAUCGCGGUCCUCGGAGCCGGUCGCAUCUCAGCGCUCAACGCCACCGCUCUGGCGUGGCAGGCUGAGGAACCACCUGAGGACGAGGCCAACAUCAUCGAGAAAAUUCUGUCCGUCAGAACGCCGAAGAAAGAGACCCCGUCGUCAGAGGACCAAGUGGAGGAGACCGAGGAGUUUUACGUCAAGUACAGAAAUUUUUCCUACCUACACUGCAAAUGGGCCACGCUGGAGGAGCUGGAGAAAGAUCCUAGAAUCCACCAGAAGAUUAAACGCUUCAGGACCAAACAGGCCCAGAUGAAACAUCUGUUCACCGAGCCUGAUGAGGACAUAUUUAACCCGGACUAUGUCGAGGUGGACAGAGUCCUGGAGGUGGCUGUUACCACUGAUACUGAGACUGGAGAGGAGGUGACGCAUUACCUGGUUAAAUGGUGCAGUCUCUCGUACGAGGAGGCGACGUGGGAGCUGCAGGAGGACUUGGAUCCAGAGAAGAUCAAGGAGUUUGAGCACAUCCAGAAGCUGCCGGCAGACCUCCGACACAUGGAACGACCUUCUCCGGAGAAGUGGCAUAAGCUGGACAACUCGAGAGAUUACAGGAAUGGAAACCAGCUCAGAGAAUACCAGUUAGAGGGAAUGAACUGGUUACUGUUCAACUGGUACAACAGAAAAAACUGUAUCCUGGCCGAUGAAAUGGGUUUGGGAAAGACCAUCCAGUCCAUCACCUUUCUGUACGAGAUCUGCAACAUGGGGAUCCGCGGGCCCUUCCUCAUCAUAGCGCCGCUGUCCACCAUCACCAACUGGGAGAGGGAGUUCCGCAUGUGGACGGACAUGAACGUCAUCGUGUAUCACGGCUCGCAGAUCAGCCGGCAGAUGAUCAUGCAGUACGAGAUGUUUUACAGAGACCCGCAGGGUAACAGUAUCCCAGGCGUGCUGAAGUUUCAGGGGUUGAUCACCACCUUUGAGAUGAUCAUGGCCGAUUGUCCGGAGCUGAGGAAGCUGCACUGGCGCUGUGUGGUGAUCGACGAAGCCCAUCGGCUGAAGAACAGGAACUGCAAGCUGCUGGAGGGACUCAAACUCAUGAACCUGGAACACAAGGUUCUGCUCACAGGAACCCCCCUGCAGAACUCGGUGGAGGAGCUGUUCAGCCUGUUGAACUUCUUGGAGCCGCUGCAGUUUCCCUCAGAAAGCAGCUUCCUGGACGAGUUCGGAGAUCUCAAAACAGAAGAACAGGUGAAGAAGCUUCAGGCCAUUUUGAAGCCGAUGAUGUUACGAAGACUUAAAGACGAUGUGGAAAAAAACCUGGCACCCAAAGAAGAGACCAUCAUCGAGGUGGAGUUGACCAACAUGCAAAAGAAAUACUACCGAGCGAUCUUAGAGAAGAACUUCUCCUUCCUGUCCAAAGGAGCGAACCAGCACAAUAUGCCCAACCUCAUCAACACCAUGAUGGAGCUCCGCAAGUGCUGCAACCACCCGUACCUUAUCACAGGGGCAGAGGAGAAGAUUCUGGAAAGCUUCCGGAAGAGCCACAGUCCAGAUGCGCUGGACUUCCAGCUGCAGGCGAUGAUCCAGGCAGCCGGAAAACUGGUGCUGAUUGACAAGCUGCUGCCCAAGCUGCUGGCCGGGGGACACAAAGUCCUGGUCUUCUCACAGAUGGUCCGCUGUCUGGACAUCCUGGAGGACUACCUCAUCCAGAGACGCUACACGUAUGAACGCAUCGACGGCCGCGUGCGAGGGAACCUGCGGCAGGCGGCCAUCGACCGGUUCUGUAAGCCCGACUCGGAUCGCUUCGUUUUCCUGCUGUGCACCAGAGCCGGCGGGCUGGGAAUCAACCUGACGGCCGCCGACACCUGCAUCAUCUUCGACUCGGACUGGAACCCGCAGAACGACUUGCAGGCUCAGGCACGCUGCCACCGGAUUGGCCAGAGCAAAGCGGUGAAAGUCUACAGGCUGAUCACCAGGAACUCGUACGAGAGGGAAAUGUUCGACAAGGCCAGCCUGAAGCUCGGACUGGAUAAAGCUGUUCUGCAAGACAUCAACCGCAAAGGAAGCCUCAACGGGGUGCAGCAGCUUUCCAAACUGGAGCUGGAGGACUUGUUGAAAAAGGGAGCGUACGGAGCCCUGAUGGACGAAGAAGACGAGGGCUCCAAGUUCUGCGAGGAAGACAUUGAUCAGAUUCUUCAGAGACGAACUCAGACCAUCACCAUCGAGACUGAGGGGAAAGGAUCCACAUUCGCUAAGGCCAGUUUCACCUCAUCUGGCAACAGGACGGACAUUUCUCUGGACGACCCCAACUUCUGGCAGAAAUGGGCCAAGAUCGCUGAAGUGGAGAUCGACUCCAAAUCUGAGAAGGAGUCCUUGGUGAUCGACACGCCUCGGGUGAGGAAACAGACCCGUCACUACAACUCCUUCGAGGAUGACGAGCUGAUGGAGUUCUCGGAGCUGGAAAGCGACUCGGAGGACCGGCCGUGUCGCAGUCGUCGCCUGGGCGAGCGCAGCCGACGCUACCUCCGUGCCGAGUGCUUCCGGGUUGAAAAGAAUCUACUUAUCUUUGGUUGGGGUCGGUGGAAGGACGUCCUAAACCACGGUCGCUUUAAGUGGCACCUGGCAGAGAGAGAUAUGGAGGCGAUCUGUAGAGCUCUGCUGGUUUACUGUCUGAGACACUACAAGGGUGACGACAAGAUCAAGAGCUUCAUCUGGGAUCUGAUCACACCGACCAAGGAGGGCCAGGACCAGACGCUGCUCAAUCACUCCGGUCUGUCGGCUCCAGUCCCUCGGGGUCGGAAGGGGAAGAAGCUGAAGAAUCAGCUGAACAUUCCUGACGUGAAGAACGCCGACUGGCUGGCCCACUGUAACCCGGAGGUGGUUCUGCAGGACGAGAGCUACAAGAAACACCUCAAGCAGCACUGCAACAAGGUGCUGCUGAGGGUGAGGAUGUUGUACUACCUGAAGGUGGAGGUGUUGGGUGAGGCUGCCAAUCAGGCUCAGGAGGGGACACCUGCCAGUAAACUUGAGGUGCCACUACCAGACAUCGACUACAUUGAGAUUCCUGCCACGUGGUGGGACACAGACGCCGACAAGUCCCUGCUCAUCGGAGUCCACAAACACGGGUAUGAGCGUUAUAACGCCAUGCGUGCUGACCCGGAGCUGUGUUUCCUGGAGAGGGUGGGGAUGCCCGAUGUCACAGCGCUGACGGCUGAACAGGGAGGAGGAGAGGGGCCGGCAGACAUGGCUGACAGUGUGUGUAAGACGGAGGAGGCGAAGGAUGAUGCCGAGAACAAAGCUGACGGAGGAGAGGACCGAGACGAGAGCAGCAAGGGAGAAGAAACCUGCUCCAGCACUGACACCUCGGACAAACCUGACAGUACAGGUCCAGACUCCCAAAUGUCGGCUGACGUCUGCGUCCAGGACGGGCCUCUGGUCACCACGACAACAACAGGAACAGGAACGGGCGUGGCGUCUCUGCACGUGGUCCAGGCUCGACCCGUGUGGCCCACGGGCCCGGCCUUGACGGCUCGCGUGCGACGCCUCAUCACCGCCUACCAGCGGUUCACGCUGCGCCGCGAGCCGCUGCUCAGGCACGACUUCCUGCUUCACGACGGCCUUGUUGGCAUGGGGAUGGGAGGAGGCGGAUCCUCUCACAGUCACCACGCCGGCGGGCCGCUGGCGUGGCAGCUGGGUGAAGAGCUGAGGAGGUGUUCUGUUGUCGCCACAGAACCGGACCCUCUGUUCCUGGAGUGGCAGAGGAGGUGGACCCGUCGAGAGCAGGCGGACUUCUACCGCACCGUGUCGUCGUACGGGGUGGUCUACGACCCGGAGAGGAAAACCUUCGACUGGUCCCAGUUCAGAGCUCUGGCCCGACUGGAGAGGAAGACGGACGAGAGCUUGGAAAGAUACUUUAACUCCUUCGUCAACAUGUGCAGGACGGCCUGCAAGCUGCCCCUGAGGAAAGAAGAAGGGCUGGUGGAUCCCGCUGUGCUCGUGGAGCCUCUGACAGAGGAGAGAGCCGCCCGGACUUUGUAUCGCAUCGAGCUGCUCCGCAAAAUCAGAGAGCAGGUUCUCCGUCACCCGUUACUCUCCGCCCGCCUCCAGCUGUGCCGCCCCUCCCUCUACCUCCCGGUCUGGUGGGAGACCGGCAAACACGACCGCGACCUCCUCAUUGGGGCGGCACGUCACGGCUUGAGUCGAACCGACUUCUACAUCCUCAACGACCCCCAGCUGAGCUUCCUGGAGGCUCACAGGAACUACGUCAAAAGACAGCCCUCUCACCUUCACCCUCAGAGUUACCAUCACCAUCCUGGCUUGUCGAUCUCGUCCUCUUCUUUCUCCUCGUCGCAUCCGCAGCUGCAGCAUCCUCACUGCUGCUUGUACGACUCGGGCCUCGGCUGCCACUCCCCUCAGCCUCCUGAAUACCCCCACCAGUCCUCUCACCACCACCAGCAUCACCACCAGCAUCACAUUAUGCCUCCAUCAGCUCCCUCUCCUUCCUCCUCUUCUUCCUCUUCCUCUCACCCUCACCUCCAACCUCCACCACUGGAUGCCCACGAUUCUGCCUCACCGAGCCUGGGAAUGGUGCCCGGGUCUCGGGGAGAUUUCCUUGACUGUCCUCCUUUGGAUGAAUCCCUGGAGCUGAGUUCCCUGCAGCAUGACGCCAUGUCUGCAGAUGCUCUCCACGGAGGGAAAACAUCCAAAGACGCCCUCAACGGUUUCCCGUUCAACUCUGCUGCAGGAGGUCAGAGUAUGCUCAACUCGUACGGUGUGGGCGGAACAGACCUGGAUUCAAAACUAAGGAGCGACGUGCUUGUGGGCGAGCAGGGUUCGUCAGAGGAAACUGGGCUGAUGGCGCCGUCAGUGGAGCUGGACCAGUUACAGGCUCCCUGGGACGGGACAGAUCACUCCAGUCCUGCUCACCACAUGUUCAACGAGUCCGAUCCAAUCCUGGGUCCCUCCGCUCUGGAGACCGGCUUUCUGGAGGAGGAGGACGAGGAGACGCAGGCGGGAGACAGAGGAGGGGAGGAAGGUGGGACCCUGGAGGAGUGUUUGGGCCUUCCGCCCUCAUCCUCCCCGUCCCACCCAUCUGCAGGAGAUUCAGUGGAGCCGCUGUCCUCCAGCUACAUGCUCUUUAAGGACAUUGGUGUGAGCGAGGAACCCAGCGCAGAUCAAACCGACCUGUCAGCGAGCCCCCCUCCGCCGUACGUCCCCCCUCCUCCCCUCUCUCUGUCUGACAUCACCGCCCAUGAGCCACAGGAUAGGCUGGGCCACGCCGACGUCGCCGAGAGCCUGACCAAUCCUGUGGACGAGGAAGAGGAGCGGCACGGGGGCGCUGGGUUUGAGUUCGAUGAGAAGGAGGAAGAAGACGUGGAGGACUUGUCCGGGGAGAACAUGGAGCAGAGCGGUGACAAAGAAGGAGGUCAGCGUCUGGAAGGAGAACAGAGUGACGCACAACAAGACCAAAGUUUGGGAGUCUUGAAUCCACACAUGGACCAGAUCGAUGGGUUAGAACCAGAAGACCAGGACGAGAGGAUGGAGGUGUCAAACCAUCUGUCUCAAGACUUUCAGCAGAGCUUUGAGCGAGGAGAGCGUAAAUCAGGCUUUCCCCGAGACGUGCAUCCUUAUCUCGGGAAGAUCGAGCAGUGUCCCGAGUCUAUUGAAGAGCCGGAGGAGGAGGUGGACGGGUUGAUUUUGUAUCAGACGAAUGAAAAGUCUGGAACUCUGAUAGGAAAUGCAUCUGAAGAGUUCCUGCACGCGAGAGAAAUAGCAGAAAAUUCCAGAGAGGAUGGUUCAAUGGAGCCCACGGAUCUUUCAGAUCAAGUGGAUGAGGACGUUCCAGUGAAACAGUCGAACGCUAAAGCCAGUGAGACCGAGCUGGACGGCGUUUACUGCACACGACCCUCCUGCCCUUCAGCUUCACUCCCCUCUGACACAGUGGCAUCAACGUCUGAUGAGACCCACGCCAAGAACGGUGGGAAAACUGAAGUCUCCACAGAUCAGGAGAAUUACGAAGGUCCAGGUGAAGACUGUAAGAACGGAGCCCUGACAAUCUCCUCAUAUCAGGACAACAAAGACCAUCUGCUUCAACACAACAAAAUCCGACCUGUCGCCGCUCUGCCUGAAAACAGCGUUGACGCCAAAACACCGGAUCUUAAAUUUCCUCUGUUACCAGACGAUGGUGGUGAGAAGAAACUGGCUCAACUGGAGCAGCCAAUCAAGGUAGAGGAGACAAAGAUGGAGGUCGUUGAGGAGGCGUUACCCGUCUACCCUGACAGCUCUGAAGUCAAACAUGCAAAGUUUCUCGCUUACCCCGUUAAGUCAGAAAAGCUGGUGACCAAAGCGGAGCAGUUAGAUUAUCCCCUGAAAGAAGAAACCCUGCAGUCAGUACCUGAAGAUCUAAGCAUCUCCAUGAAGCCUGAGCGCGUGGACCGUAAACCUGAAGUUCUCCAGUUUGCAGCCUUCUCAGACGGCGUCGAAGUCAAACCCGAAGCCAAACCAGUGGCUCUCGAGUUCGCUUCUUACCCAGACGUCUCCAGGCUUAAGAGUGAGACGAAGCCAGAGGGUUUAGGGUUCACAGCUUUCCCCGACACGUCCGCCAUCAAGCCCGAGGCCAAGCCGGACGUUCUGGAGCUCGCAGCCUACCCGGACAGCUCAGAGGUCAAACCGGAGGCCAAGCCGGAGGACCUCGAGUUCACGGAGAUCAAAUCUGAGACGAAGCAGGAGCUGCUGGAGGCCGACAGCACGGUGCUGACCCCGAAGCUCGAGCAAGCGGACGGACUGGUGGACUCCUCAGAGAGCCUGGUGGAGAGAGGCCAAGUGAAGGAGGAGAGGCCGAGUACACCAAUCCCUGUGGUGGAAGGAUACGCAGGCAGCCCCCGGUUUGCAGCUCCCAUCUCCAUGUGUGACCUUCCUGACGGCCUCCACGACGCCAGGGAGCCGACCAUCGCUCAGCUCUUACAGGAGAAAGCACUUUACUCGUUUUCAGAAUGGCCGAAGGACCGGGUGGUCAUCAACCGUCUGGACAGCAUCUGUCACGCCAUCCUGAAAGGGAAGUGGCCUUGGCCCAGCGAGCAGCACGACGCGCCCGGUUCCCUCACCGCCAACUCCUGCCUGGCCAACAGCUUGGCCCAGCAGCACCACCACCACCGAGGGGGAUUCCUCCCCACCACGGCCUCGAGCUCCGUCCAGGGACAGGCCAGAGUUCAGCAGACAAACCAGGGACUGGCGUUCCAGAUCCCUCCGCCUCUGACCAGACUACCUAAGUACAUGCCUCGGGGCGGCGCAUGCGGGCGCGGAGCUUGGCGCCUCACCUCCUUGCCUCUCUUACAGGAGAGGCUCGUGGCUCCUCCCUACCUCCCCGAGCUCAAACGCGCAGGAGGUCGAAGGUCUUUCGACUACGAAGCCGCGGCCGCCGCAGCCGCUGCCAAGGUUUUAGCUGGGAAAUCAGCGUCGGCGUGCCACGCUGCUGCCGCCACUAGCUCCAGUGGUGAGAAGGGGCCGGUGGUGGCCCCGCCCUCUCACCGCACAGGAGGCAUGUUGAUGAAUGGCUGGCAAGAAGCAGCCAUCGAUCUAACCAAGUCGUCUACAGAAAUAAGCACCACUAGUGGCUCGGGUGAGGCUGCAUCAGGAAGCAGCCACCACGGGGCCGGCAGCGGUCACAAGCUGCCGCCGCCCCCCAUCACAGCACCGUUAACUGGCUCUGUGGGAAUCGACAUGGCGGGGAUACUGCAGGCCGGGCUCAUCCAUCCUGUAACAGGGCAGAUAGUUAACGGGAGCCUGAGGGGAGAUGACUCACUGAGGAGGAGGAGAGGGAGGAGGAGAAACGUGGAAGCUCUGUACUCUGAGUUCACCAAGAGCCGAGGACUGCACCUCCCUGAGACACAGGGCCGGGUGGAUAUGAUCAGCCACUCCUCCGUCUCCUCCUCCACCUCCUCGCCGUCCCCCUCCCCUUCAGAGAGACCCGCGGGUCCUCCCACUCCGUCCACCUCUUCUACUCCCACCCCCACGCAGACGCCUCCUCAGCCGGAGAUUGUGGCGAUCGACAGGGAGGCGGCGAGCAAAGGUCUGAUCGAGUGGCUGAGACAGAAUCCGGGCUACAGCAUGGAUCUGCCCACGUUCGCUCAUUCCGGAGCAGGUCUGUUACAUGGUUUCGUGGAGCGUCCCAAGCAGAGGAGGCAUCGCUGUAAAGACCCGACCAAGCUGGACAUCAACUCUUUGACGGGGGAGGAGCGGGUGCCUGUCGUGCACCGAGGCACCGGACGCAGGCUUGGUGGCGCCAUGGCUCCAGCCAUCAAAGAGCUUUCCAGGUGGUUGGAUGCCAACUCGGAGUACUACGUCGCUCCAGACUGGGCUGAUGUGGUCAAACACUCUGGUUUCCUCCCUGAGGGGAAGUUCUCUCGGAUCCUGACAGAACCAGUUAACCGAGACCCGAACUCUCGCCGCCGUGGACGUCGGCCUCGCAGUGAGAUGCCUAAGCCCCUCCUAUCCGUCUCUGACUCCUCCUCAUCAGGCCUCGGCCCCCCACUCUUCAUGAACGGCGGUUUAAUCGGCAGCAUGGACUCCAUGGUGGCCAUGCAGAAUCUCCGUGGCGGUAUUUCUGGAAUCCCCAUCUCGGGGAUCAUGGCAGCUGGAUUCCCUCACGGUUUCUCCACCCAGGCGGGUGGAGCUGGAGGGUCGGCAGAAGACGCCAAGAACGGGUUGAGCAUGUUACCCAUGAUGCUGCACGGCAUCCCGCACCCCCAUGGGGCUGCGAUCCCUCAGCAUGCCUUGUUCAGCGUCGGAGCAAUGAUGGCACACGCGCAGCCUCCUCACCCCAGCUCCUCCUCUUCUUCUUCUCUGUCAGCGCCGAAGGUCACCACAACAAUGGCACCCUCCACAUCUGAGGCCAGCCCCUCAUCCACAACGCCCGCCGACAGAGAGAGUGCAGCCUCUCCGGCCAACGGCGGCGAAAAGGACUGGAGCCAGGAUGAGAAAGGAGCAGCGGACACCAACAAAAGGCCGGGAGCGAUGGAGACGGCGGCCAUCAUUACCUCCACCAGCAGGGCCCAUCUUGGCUCUAUGCACCUCGGAGCGAGCGCUGGCAGCCAUCUUACCUUCAACCCCUUCCUGAUCCCGGGCAUGUCCCACGGCCUGCUGUAUCCGCACAUGUUCUUGCAGCACGGUGGCAUCAUGGCGCUGCCCGCCAUGCCCCAUGGCGUAGUAGACGGUUCCCAGGGAAGCCCAAAGAGGAGGAGGAAGAGAGGGAGGGAGGAAGGGGAGAGAGAGGAGGAGAGAGAAAGUACAGUUAAGGUUAGCGUCGCCUCCCACCCAGCCUCCUCCGUGUCUCCCUCCAUCCCCUCUACCUCGGCUCCGGACCCAGGCCCACCUCCGACUGAAGAGCCCCAGACCGGGCAGGGAGACACGGAGGACGGGCCCUCGGAGCCCCAGGAAUCAGACUCCCACCCCCAUCCUGAGGGAGCAGCAGCAACAGAGGAGGACGCGGAAGGAUCGGAGGAGAAGCAGGAAACUGAGGAGCAGAGACAGGAAGACGGAGAGGAGGGGGUGUAGAGGAGGAGACAAACUGGACAGAGAGACUUCCUGCGCUCUCCUCCCGUCUCCUCUGUUGCUCCUUUUCUCGACUGAGCAACAGUGUAAAGUUUGUGCCGUGUCUGUCAGUCAAUGUCCAUGUAAAGACUUUUAUUAUGACGAUGACUAAUAAUAACGAUGAUGAUGAUGAUUAUAUUCAACUUGGUCAUGUUUAUAUACCAAGACCCCACCCGCCCUCUUCACUCCCUCCUUGUAUACAAACAAGUGUAAGAAACGAUUCUUCUAUGUAUUCUUCCCCUUCAUUCUGCAUCAAGACUGAGUCCACACACACACACACAGACACACACACACACACACACAGACACACACAGACACACACAGCAGGCUAGAUCCUCUAACCCCAGAAGGGAGUGUUUGGCGUGUUGUCACACAAUAAUCCAAGAUGGUCUGUUUUGACAAAUGUUUUGGAUGCGCAGCUUUAGUUUGGUGUGUUUUGCACAGACACAAGAUUUAAAGGAGGUGGUUUUCUUAACUCAUUCUGAAGGGAGGAGGAACACUAGUGUAAAAAAAAAAAUGAGCCCGUUCACCUCGGCGCCGUCUUGCUAUUCGUACUUGAGGAUGAUAUUUUUGGCCAGAUUGACCUGGGAGAAUCUGAAGCGGUGUUUAAACACCUCCGUUACAUUCGCCUCAGGCUACAUCCACACGACUACGUUUCAAUAACUGCUACAGAAGCAGCGUCCACUCUUCUUUGGACGUUUGUAAACGCUGCAGACUCCGUCUUAGUUAAAAAAAACUCCAUCUGAGAUGUUUAGAAAUAAAAAACGUCGACCCUCACGACCUCUCGCUGAUCGGGCCUUUUUCCGUCAUGUCCUAGCCUUUCGCUGAUUCGUCAGGCUCCUGUCACAUGACCCCCCCCCUUUCCAGAAGCAAUCAACUAGCGUCGGCCUCGAGUGUAGAACACAACGUGGAGAAUCAAUUACAAGUGUCACUGACCCUGUUGUCCUUGCUAACAGCUGUUAAAUUAUGUGUUUUACAAUUAUACAACUGUUUACAUGUGGAGGAGAACAGCUGUUAUUCCAGCAUUUCCUGUUUACGUUGGAGUGCACGAGAAGCGUCACGUGAUAAGCGUGUUAGUUUCGGGGAUUUAAAUUGAUGCAGAGCCAAAGUUUAAGUUUUAGUUUAAAAAGAAAAAAAAACAUUUACGUCGUAUGGAUGUAGCCUAAGAGUUCAAAUGAAACGGACAGAAGCCCGAGCAGGUUUCAGAUCGUAGACUUUUAAAAUCCCUAAAUCAUGUUGCUGUGACUCUCAAGAAUCAAGAGAAUCAAGAAGUACAUGAGGUCGAUGUCAGAAAGACGCCCAAUCAGAAAAACUCAAAUGUUUUGAUAGUUUUUUACGUGUUAAAGUCCAGAGAUCUGUGGUCGUUAAAGUGACCAGAAGGUCAGAAGCCACAAUACAGAAGAUGUUGAUAAACCCCAGGCCAGGAUGUUGUAUCUUAAGUUUAGGAUAUCAUUAUCUGCCGCCCCCCCCCCCGUGUUUUAGAUCUAAUUCAUGCUUUUAUUUUGGCUAUAAAUUAUCUAUAAUUUAUCUAUGCCAUUGCUGCUCUAACUUUUUUUGAAGAAGUUUAUUUCACCUUCACUCUAGAAGAAUCCAAGAGGAGGAGAUGUUGCGUGAAAACUGAUUUUCAGAACAAGAACACCACCUUUUUUAUUUUCUUUUGUUGAAAAGAGAUUCAUUUAAUGAGAUUAAGUUCUUUUAUCCCUUUUUUUUUUUUUAGAUCAUGUUAAGAUUUUCUAGCUCAGACACAAAGUCACUUUGAGAGAACGUCCCUUUAGAGCUCAGCCAAACCACCAGGGGGCAGUAGGAGGCCGAUUCGAUUCCACGCUGUCCAUCAGACAUUGAGAUGGAGGGAGGAAAGAGGAAAGGAGGUGUUUUUUAUUUUUUAAAGUCCCAAAUGACAUCAACUCACAGUAAAUCAGAUUAAUCAGUGGCUCAUACACAGUGAAACAACAACUUCAAUCAUGACCUGUAGCAUCAUUUCACUUCAUAUACAUUUAUACUUUAUUUCUGAUGUUUGACCAGACGUUGUCUUCUUUGUUUCCACUGCGGGAUUCUGUGUUGAGACAUGUCCACCAUCUGUCCAGCGAAAGGGAAAAGUCUGUUUUCAAGGGACGAAGAGCAGAGAACACAGGAAGAGGAGGGAAACAAAGUCGUGUGACUCAGUCGUUGCUCUUUGUCUCGUCUCUUUUCCUAAGAUUAGUUUUAAUAGCAGUUCAUACUAAGAGUUUCUAAAUAUGUAAAUCUAUCGCUGUAUAUUUCAGUUUUUUUUUUUAUAUAUAUAUACAUAUAUAUAUAUAUGUAUAUAUAUAUGUAAGUGCACCAUUUAUUUCUUUCGCCUUUUUGUUUUUGUUUUGUUUCUCCAAUGGGAAAAAAAAAUACUUGACACAUGCGAGGGGGUUUAGCGUUGAGCUUAGUCCCCGUGCACCACACAGACUGUACUGUACAUUCAAUGGAUGCAAGUGGCUGGUUUCAUUCACACAGGGUCUGGGCGUCGAGCGGAAACGUCAGAUGUUUGUAACGUUCACGUCUUUUGUUUUCAUACAUGGAAACAUUAUUUUUGCACAAUGUCUUUUUUUUUUUUUUUGUUUGUGAAUGUUCACCUGUUUCUAUCUUUUCUUCCCCCUGUGUGUGUGUGUGUGUGUGUGUCUGUGUGUGUUUGUGAGAGAGAGCGCGAGUGUGUGAUGAUGGGAGUGUGUGUGUGUCUGUCUGUGUGCAUGCAUGCGCACACGUCUCAUUGUGUUUCCGUCUACAGGUCACAUUUCUCAUUGGGAAAAGAAAAAAAACAUGGUUGUUGCCUUGUCACAAGUUUGUGGCUCCAUAUAAUUUAUUCUACUUUUCUUCUUGCUUUGCCAAACUUUCACCAAAUAUGACUUUUUUUUCUUUCUUUCUCUUAGUUUCAUUAUGUAUUAAUAAAAGUAAAAUGCCUUAUUUAGCUAGUAUUUCUUUGUAUAGAUGUUCUGUUACAUCUCGUCAUGUUACGUGUUCGUGCUCGGUCCGUUAAGCGUUCACAGCCGUGGUGAUGUGCAUUAUGUUGAAAAGCAAAGGUACCACUGUCCCAACCACUGCGCUCCGCCCCUGAAGUCAAUCAGUCGUCGCUCAAAGCACAAAAAACGGAGAGUGAACAAAAAAAAAGUGACUGUUUCCUUAUCAGUGCCUCGAUUUAAAUGACUUUAAAUAAGUUUUCUCUUUGUUGCGGGCGUCGCCUGCACACGACGUAAAACAUCACACUCCCGGUGGGAAAGCGAUCUUCGUCGGGUUUCACUCUUCGCAGAUCGUGGUUUGGUUAAAAGGGAAAUUUAAAGAUGAGAGCGAAGGGUGUGAGCCUCCUCCAGCUUUUUUUAAUUUGAACUGAAACACUCCCUGUGUCGUCGACUGUUCAUCUCUGUGACUGUUGUAGUUGUUUUCUAAAUAACCCCCAACCCCCAAUUAAAAGAAAUUUAACUUCAA